GAGACUUGUGAGCGACCAUCUUGUUUCUGCCCCUGACAGAGUCUUCUGUAGCGGUCACUGGGGCGCGAAGACUGUUGUGUGGACGCUACUUGACAAUGCUGUCCCGGGUGGUACUUUCUGCCGCCACCGCAGCAGCUCCCUCUCUGAAGAACGCAGCCCUCCUCGGUCCAGGGGUAUUGCAGGCAACAAGGAUCUUUCACAAAGGGCAGCCAAGUCUUGCCCCUGUACCACCUCUUCCUGAAUAUGGAGGAAAAGUUCGUUUUGGGCUGAUCCCUGAGGAAUUUUUCCAGUUCCUUUAUCCUAAAACUGGUGUAACAGGACCCUACGUGCUCGGAACUGGGCUUAUCUUAUAUUUACUCUCCAAAGAAAUAUAUGUGAUAACUGCAGAGACCUUCUCUGCCAUUUCAGCAAUAGGGGUGCUUGUCUAUGUAGUUAAAAAAUAUGGUGCCUCUAUUGGUGAAUUUGCUGAUAAACUCAAUGAGCAAAAAAUUGCCGAACUGGAAGAAGUGAAACAGGCUUCCAUCAAACAAAUCCAAGAUGCAAUUGAUCUGGAGAAGUCACAACAGGCACUGGUUCAAAAGCGCCAUUACCUUUUUGAUGUCCAGAGGAAUAACAUUGCCAUGGCUUUGGAAGUUACUUACCGGGAACGACUGCAUAGAGUAUACAAGGAGGUAAAGAAUCGCCUGGACUAUCACAUCUCUGUGCAGAAUAUGAUACGUCAAAAGGAACAAGAGCACAUGAUAAACUGGGUGGAGAAGAAUGUGGUACAGAGCAUCUCUGCGCAGCAGGAGAAGGAGACAAUUGCCAGGUGCAUUGCAGAUCUAAAGCUGCUUGCAAAGAAGGCUCAAGCACAGCCAGCUCUGUAAAUGCAUCUGUCCCAAUUGAGACAGCUAGAAACAGUUGACUGACUAAAUGGAAACUAGUCUAUGUGACAAAAUCUUUCUGUAUUGCUCUAUACUGAAGUUAGUUUCCCUUUCCUAAAAAUGAAAAGUUUGAGUUUCAUAUAAUGAGAGAAUUAAAACAAUCUAUUGGCCAGUAAGAUGUUUCUCUCAUCCUUCUUGCUCUGCAUUUUGAGUUGUUCCAUGAUCACUUGUGAAUAAGCAGUUUGCUUUGAAUAAAGUUUGGUACCUGACUAAAAAUUGUCAAGUUAGAGUUUAAAUUUGAAUUAAUUCAGCCAUCUUACAAUAAAGUGACGGUUGAAACAAA